AAACCGUCCGGUAUUCACAUUCGCUUUCUGUUCGGCUACCGGGCAGGUCGAGGGAUGCCACAGCACGUUUCAAGAGCUGGCUCUCCUCGUACCCUUAGGCCUACUCAGUACAGCUCGGUCUAUCUGCGUCCAACAUGCCGCCAAAACUCGACCUUAGCGGCACAUCUCACGUCAAAGCAGUGAUAUCGCCACCUCGCAUUAACCUCCGCAGAGCGGCAUCGUAUAACCAUGACCGCGGCCCGCUUUCUUCAACAUCCUCACGAUUCAACUUCAACCACUUGGUCUUCUCCCCGCCGCCGUCCCCGGGGCUUCCAUCGCUUUCACCGCCCGCCAGAAGACCGAGCCGAGGACUUUUCGGCACCAUACGCCCUCUCAGGACCAUCCGGUACACCCUCCGACUUCUAAGCAUCGUCGCGGUGUUCUAUGUAUCCCUACAGGUUCUCACAUGGCUUUUUGGAGAGCCGAUCCCAGAGUCCCAUGAUAAACAUUCGAGACCGCCCGGUCCGGCCGAGGUGGGGACGGUCUCACGAGAGAAAACGCCGGAUCGCCCAGGCCCGAUCGUUGUGACUGACGGUCGCGGGAAGGCAAUGUGGACGGUAUCCAUACCGCCGGGUUCCAACUUCCCCCUGACGAUGAGCGAGUAUGCGGACAUGUGCGCGAAGUGCCGGCAGGUGGCUGCGCGAACUCAACAGUUGAGAUCUCACAGUCACGGGCUACACCCGGUCUCUCUGAAAUUUGGAUCCGAGUCGGCAGACCACUGCUUUGUCGAUGUGCAGGAAGCCGAGAAGGCGGGCUACCUCCCAAGCGGAAGGGGGAGUCGCCGGAACCCAGCGAGCCGAUUUGAGGCGGAUAAGCCGGUGUGCAAAAAGAGUCUCACCUUCGUGCUAGAGUCGGACGAUGCUGGCCUGGGAAGGACGCUUAUGAUGCUCUGGACUGCGUAUGGACUGGCCGAGAUGGAGGGACGGGCCUUCUUCAUCGACGACACACGAUGGGCCUAUGGGAAGUACACAUCUAUCUUCCAGCAGCCGCCACUUCCGGAGUGCUCAGCACCUCCAAGCCACGAGAUACUUCCCUGCCCACGACUGGCCCGCCAUCUGGUGGUAUCUGCUGCAACAAUAAAUGAGUUCUUCGGCGGCGUGGUCCAAGGCUUUGACACACCUUCGGACUCACUCGACCGCGCCCAACAGAGAAACCAAUUCGACCUCGCCCGGAAGGGCUACGAAGCGCUCUCCCAACUGAACAAGGACGAUGCACACUACGUGGAUACCCGCAUCCGCGAGUUGAUGGCCAAGAGGACGGUGCCCAAGUCCCGAGGUCAGCGGAACGGCCUCGCGGUUGGCAUCCACGUCCGCCGAGGCGACCGGCACCCGUUCGAGUACCAAUACCGCCACUCGUACAUGCCACUGAAUCUGUACAGCGAUACGGCACACGAAAUCAUCGACAGCAAAUUCAACCACUCGGGUCCCUUCGGCGGCGAGGACAAGGCGGCCAAGGGCCAGAGCUUUGUGAUACUCGCGUCCGACGACCCGAUGGUCUACGAGAGCGCCGACCUGGCGGGCGCCAGCCGGGCGCAGGAGCGCAUCAAGCUGGCCAGCAAGCAGGCCAUCCAGCAGGUCCAGCCGGACAAGUCGGUCAUGCACAAGUUCGUGGACGAGACCUUCGGCUGGGAGGGGGGAUUCUUCGCCGCCAUGUUCUGGAACCUCGGCGUCUCGACCGCCCACGCCGGCAACCCUGGCGGCGGAGGCGGCGGCGACACUGCCCCGUCGUCGGCGUCGGCCGAGACCCUCCGGCUUAGGAGCCUGGUGGGCCGCGCCUACAUGAUGGACCUGGCGGUGCUGGCCGAUGCGAGCGACGUGAUUGUCUGCACCGUUAGUGCCGUCGGCUGCCGCUUGCUGGCCGUCAUGAUGGGCUGGGAGAGCGCGAUGGAGCAGGGGAACUGGGUCAACAUUGAUGGCGGGUACGGGUGGAUGGGGCUGGUGUGAGUUAAACGAGACGUUACAACUUCCUGAACAUAGCGGGCAUUUUCCUUUUCCCUUUUUUUUUUCGUACUAGACGGGCAUUUUACCAGGCGUUCUCGGG